UCGGGAUUCGAAAUGUCCAAGCUCCAAGGGGGCGUCAGCGAUCCGUACCACACCACUGUCAAGGGUGGCAUCAGCGACGACGGCAGCGAGACGUCCAUCUUGGCUGAAAACCUGCAGCACAGGGUCAUGAAGCACACGGAGAUUACGGUUGAGGAAUCGAGUCCGAGGAAUCGCAGUUGAUGUGAUGACACGGCGCGCACCGAUCGCGCUGGGUUCGGGGGAGGGAGUUUCUGGAACACGACGCGGGAAAGGGGCCAAGGCACAGAGGAAAGCGGGGACGGGAAUGGAAAAAAAAAAAGGAAAAAAAAAGAAGAAAAGAAAACGACAGAUAAACCCCCGAGAGAGGGUAAUGGAUGUUGGGUCAGCGGAUAUUCGACCAUGUAUUAAUUAUUCAGGGACGGUGUCGGGUUUUACGGAGGAUUGGGAGCGAUGCGAGUACUCUUCUUGUGCCUUGAGACGUCCACUUUCUACAAAUCAUGACGGCAUGCCAAAUGGGAAUACCUCACUCUGUUACCACACAUGUAUGUCGUUUGCUUCGACUGCUUCGACGUGCAUUCCGACUAGGGCAUCACCAAACGGGCGUAUACCCCGGUCCCGUUGUGGAGGUACGGUACUCGGGGAGUCAGUCCAUGCGUCGAUACAGCUGAAAAACCAGCGGUGUACGUCAUGACCGGUGGGGAUUCGCCAGUUCUUUGCGUUUAUCGCUCGCGGUUAACCGGUAGUCGCUAAUGUAUCUGUGUAGUCCAUAGUGAUGGCUGUUAACCCUUUGGGCGCUCUAUAACCUCAUACGUCUAGUUCGUUCACUCGCAGACUCACAACCUCAACC